AUGUCGAAUACACAAAAUUAUUUGAAGAAAGGGAUACUAAUAGAUAAUAGCUUACCACCUUUCAAAGAAUUGUUGAGAGGAAUCAGGAAUUAUUCUGGACUGCUGCAGAUGCAGCCUAGUCAUUACUCGUAUUCACCUCGGCCAGUUGAAAGUAAUAAAUCUCGACAACUGUCAUAUGUUUCUUCUGUUAUUGGGACAGACGAAGGUGCAAUGAGAAGUAGUAGGCUGCUUAGUGUGGGGCUGACUCUGUUUAUGAACAAGAAAAGAGAGAGAUUGCAGUUCGAUACAUUGGCCAAGGUGAGUGGGAGCCAGUACUACAAUUCACCUGAUUCAGUCAAGAAAAAAGAAGAAGAUAUUCUUUCGUUUUUAACUUGGUUCUUGCCUGGCCAUGCUACAUUGGCCGAUUGUUUAAGUGAAAUGAAUGCAAACUUGCUAAGAGGCAAACUCAAAGGAUCCAAGAAUCUGUCAACCGAAAUCUUGUUUUCACAAGAUCUUCAGAGGAACGAGUUUGCAAUCACGAGAGAUGAGUUUAAAAAAUGGGUUAUCGAUAUCCCUGAUGUAUUAUACAACAAUAUUUCUACUAGUCUUGAAAAGUUCUCCCUGAUUCUACAUGAAUUGAAAAUUAUGAAAUACAACUACAAGCUUGAAAAUGAAAUAGAGAUUAGAGACCACAAAGAACAAGAGCAGUGGCUGUACAAGAAGGAGUGUGACUCGCCAAAUCAUCAACAUAUAGGAGCCAAUAGUAGAUGUGUGAACAAUAAUACAGGAGAAGGUGACUAUGAGGACAGGGAGCUCACUGAAUCACCUCCUACGAAAAAUAAGAUGCACCUGCCAAGGGGACCUAACAAGCAAAAAAUCCGUAAACCGAGAACAAAAUGCCAUAACAUAAAGAAACAGAAGAUCAAAUGUAACCAUUGUGAGUCGACCGAAACGCCCGAAUGGAGACGUGGCCCUGACGGCUCUCGAACAUUAUGCAACGCUUGCGGGCUCUUUUAUUCAAAAUUAACUAAGCGGUAUGGUACUGAGGAUGCUGUGGUAAUUAUGAAAAGCAGGAAAACUGAAGGUUUAAUAAGCGAUAGAACGAUUCCUUCACUUGACGCACUUAAAAGGAUGGUUGGCGAUACCUAG